AUGCACCACGGUUACGACGAGGAAGCGAGCUACAGUGAUGAGGGGGAGCACUCCAUGCUUGAAGAUGAGGAUGAAGACGAGUUCAUGGACGACGAAGAUGAUACAUCUAUUCUUUCCGUGCCGGACGAAAGCAUAGACUUCAGUCUUGUCUACAGCUUACACAGUUUUUCGGCAACAGUGGAAGGCCAGGCGAAUGUGGUCAAGGGAGAUAGCCUGUUCCUAUUAGACGACUCCAACUCAUAUUGGUGGUUGAUACGUGUGCUCAAAACGCAAGAAGUUGGAUACAUACCUGCUGAGAACAUCGAAACGCCAGUAGAGCGUCUCGCCCGGCUCAACAAACACAAAAAUGUCGAUUUAGCAUCCGCAACACAAGCUGAACUUCAGUCCGAUCUCGCUUCAUCCCGUCCUGCCAAUACCCAGUCCAACGCGCCCCGGGUUGGAAAUACUGUCCGUGACCCAUUGAACCAGCGACAAUCACUUGCAUUCUCAGCCUCCCUCCAUGUUCACCGCUAUCCGCCAGCUGUGUGGGAUGAAGAACGGUGGUUCGCCGAACGAGAGGCGCACCGAAUGGCCAACAUGACUGAGAGCGAUGACGAGUAUGAUCCCAUGGAUCUCGAAGAUGAAGAUCAUGAGGAAGGCGAGUGGGAAGUCGGAAGUUUCGAGGCAGAGGACCGCGAACUUGCCAUAGAGACUAUGUCUAUCAUGGAAGGCGCAACUACGGAGAAACCAGCAGCAGAGGCUGAGCCGGAGACGGAGACGGAAAUUCCAUUGGAUGAUGCUCCUGCUUCACCACCUCAAGUGACGGGAACUGUAUCGCCAAUUGAAGCCCAGGCGCAGCCGUCUUCCCUCAACGCAGAGCGUCAAUCGAUAGACACAGACGGUGACCGGAGGCGGCCCCGCGAAAGUUCAGAUAGCGAUCUAAUCCCGAGACAAUCUCAAGACUCUGAACCCCAGUCACAUACACCGUUGGCAUCGACGGCUGCUGCUCCUGUCCGAGGUGAAAAGUCUUCGUCAGCCGCCUCAGGAAAGCUCCGAAAAGAGCAGCCAUCCAACAACGAUGAAGGAAAGAAGAAGAGUCGUGGGGUUUUCAGCAUUUUCUCGGGAAGGAAUACCAAAGAGAAGAGCAAUAAUAGUCCUCCCCUCAAGGGCGGAAUGUCAUCGCAAAAUCAGCAGCAGCAACAGCAACAGACUUCUGAGCCACGUAACAACGAUGCAGCCGCACUACAGGCUGCGACAUCUCAGUUGCGUCAACGAGAACAACAACAACAUGCUUUGUACACUCAACAAUAUCUUGCCCGCUCUGCAAGCCAGACUUCGAAACCGGAAUUAUCUCCUGGUUUGGACAAUGCAACCCUCAGUCCUCCUGCGACACGUUCUCGACCGGGCUCACUCAUACCUUCUGUUGGGGAUGGUGUCCCAGGUUUGAGCGUUGUUCGUAUCUUCGCUGGACAAAAUCUUCCUACCGAAGCAACGUUCAAGACCGUGUUGUUAAACUCGUCGACAACAUCAUCAGAAUUGAUCAAGCAAGCUGCUCAACGCUUCCGCUUGGACGACCUGGACCCAGACGCAUACAACUUAUCCAUCAAGCGUGCAGUGGAAAGCGCUGAUAUGAUGCUCCGUCCUGACGAGACGCCGCUCGUCAUCUUUGAAGGUCUGGUGGAAAAAGUCCAUCGUGUGACCCAGAGAGCGAGCAUCGCCAGUAUGGGCUCCAUGGCUAGUGUCCUCUCCAACGACUUUACCGAUGAUUCGGCAGUCAGAUUCUAUCUGAGCAGGAAAGUUGACGCUCCAGUUGAAGACAAUGCACCACCAACUCCGACCAACGUUCGUCACAGUAUCUCCACUGCAUUAGACGAGAUUGCGCUCGCGAAAUUACGGAGGACUUCUGUCGACAUGAGUGCUAACGGCAAAGUCGAUAUGGAUGCCGCGCGUCAGGAAAUCAUUGCUGCUCAGCGUAAAGCCACACGCGAAAACCAGAGAGCAUUGAUUUCUGGAUCUGUUGGCUCAAUGGCUGAAGUUGUCCAGUCCGAUGAACGAGCGGGAGAAGACAGUCCGCGUUCUGUCACACCAAAUUCAGCACGAUUGCCAACAGCAACAACAACAACAACAACGGCGCCGAAGCGGGUUUUCCUUCCUUCUGACGACUUCGGUGUCGCGAAUAUGAUCACGGUCAUUCAACUCCGUGCAUCCCAGAACGUUCCUCGUCAACCACCAGUGCAAGAAGACCCUGUCGACGACAUGCUUUUUGGGCGAAGACUCGAUCUUGAUACCCUGCACCCAAAGAUUCGAGCUGUGUAUGCGGAGACCUUCAGGACAUGGGAUGAGACUGACAAGUACUUGGAUGACUUUCUGCUCAAGAGCUUGUCACAAACGGGGCGUGUCUAUUGA